AUGCAAAGUCGGGAUCAAACAGUUCAACUGAUAACAAGAAAAUCGUGCACAUUAUCUUGUCACUGUCAUUUAGUGUACAAUUCUAAACGGAACGUGUUAAUUUACUCGACAUGUGUAAUAAUUAAUGUAUUCUAAAAUGUAUCUUAUUAAAAUAUUAAUUACGUACAUAUUGUGUGCUUUAUUAACGAGUGUCAACUGUAAAGUUGUAUUAAGCAGGGAAAAGAUUACGGAAUUAUUAAAUUCUAUAGAUCCGCUAAAAAUUAAAGUAACUAUACAUAAUAACGAGGAAAUAAUAGAAUUACAUAAAAGAAAUAAGACAGUAACAAAAUAUUCUAACGAAAUAAAUGUUGAAGACAACGAAGUUAAUGUUGAAGACAACAAACCUAAAAAUGAUAUCACAGUCAAAUUAAAAACCAAAGUGAAUAAUACAAAAGAAGCAAAUAAUGAAACAGAACAUUUAGAACCACUCAUAUUGACACCUUUCAUUGAACAAGGAAGAAUCGACGAAGCAAAGAACGCAAGUUUGGUCAAUCCAGAAAUGUUUCUAGGUUUUACAAGUUAUUCAGGAUACUUGACUGUGAACAAAACUUAUAAUUCCAAUAUGUUCUUUUGGUUCUUCCCGAUUGUGGAUAAACCAAUUGGUGAAUCGCCGUGGAUUAUUUGGUUGCAAGGUGGACCCGGAGCGUCUAGUAUGACAGGACUUUUUGAGGAAAUAGGACCCCUUAAAAUGGGUGCAAAACUACAAUUGGAACGUAACCCGUACACAUGGCUGCAGAACCAUUCUCUGGUGUUCUUCGACAACCCCGUAGGAACUGGUUUCAGUUUCACUGAUGAUAAACGAGGAUACGUUCGAGAUAUGCCUACGUAUUCCAGACAGCUGUACACCGCGUUCCACCAGUUCGUCCAGAUGUUUCCAGAGCUAAAGGAAGCUCCGCUCUACAUUGCGGGAGAGUCAUACGCGGGAAAAUACGUGCCUGCGCUCGGACUGGAGAUACAUAAUAGAAUACAUUUACCAGAACAUCGUGUUAAUCUUAAGGGUUUGAUGAUCGGUAAUGCGUACGUGGAUCCUGCUGUUAUCCCGAGGACAGUCCGGCCCUUCUAUAACUUUGGUCUUAUAGAACAAGAGCAGGUGGAAAUGCUGAGACCAUUAUCGAACGCAGUAGCGGAACAAGUGGCUGCCAAAAACGGAGCACUAGCUAAAAAUAAAUGGAUAAACCUCAUCAGUCUUCUUCUAAUGUUGAGCCAUCAGUCGCACGCAUAUAACUUCUUGCACAACGACUUAGGGGUAGGCAGAUACGUGAAAUUCUUGAAUCAGACGGACAUACAAAAGGCGAUACAUGUGCGUAGAACAAACUUCAACUUCGUCAACAUGACUGUCAACUUCCACCUCGCUUCGGAUUUCUUAAGCAGCAGUAAACCGCACUUUGAAACUCUGUUGGAACAUUACCGGGUGCUCGCGUAUUGCGGCCAGUUAGAUCUGAUGAUGCCGUGUGUCACAACUUCAGAGAACUAUCGAACAUGGAAAUGGAACGAGAAGGAAAAAUUCUUAAACGCAACAAGAUUACCGUAUUUGUAUUUACAUAAACGUGCCGGAUAUCACAAAACCGGUGGAGGUCUGACUGAGGUAGUAUUUAUGGGGGCGGGCCACAUGGUACCUAUGGACGUGCCCGCUCCUGCCCGGGACCUCAUUACAAGAUGGACGCACAACAAGGAACUCAGCGCAUCCUUUCCGCUCUUAGAACGAUCAUUUAUAACCGGUUUUAUUGCAAAUAAUUCUGCAAUUUACCUUUGAUGUUAUUUUU